AUGGCUGAAGCUCAACUUCCCUUUCAUAUUGCACCACCGCCACCCCUAAGGCAUAAAGAAGAUAGGGUGGAAGAGUGGAAGAUGUUUAAACAAAUGUAUGAAAAUUAUGAGGUUAUCACUAAGUUAAAGCAACAGGACAGUGAGUACCAAAGAGCUGUAUUUCUCCAUACAGUAGGUCCUGAAGGUCUAAAAAUCUUCAAUGCUAUUACUUUUGAAAGAGAUGGAGAUGACAAGAAAGUCGAUGUCAUUAUCCAGAAGAUGAAUUCUGUCAUCAUCGGACAAACCAAUGAGAUAUAUGAGAGAUUCAUAUUCAACAAGCGGGACCAGAAACAAGGUGAAAGCAUCGAAGCAUAUGUGACAGAGUUGAAACAGCUCGCUAAAACCUGUAAGUUUUGCGACUGCCUGAGGGAAAGCCUCAUCAGAGAUCGCAUCGUGUUGGGAAUUGCUGAUACUGCAACAAGGAAAAUCCUCCUCCAAAGGAAAGACUUGAAGUUGGAGACAGCUAUAGACAUUUGCCGUUCUUCUGAAGUCACUGCCUCCCAAAUGCAGGUCAUUGGAGAUGAUCCUUCUAUCCACAGGGUAGAAAAGUCACAUGAAAGAAAGCAGUGGACGAAGAGUCCAAGGCGACAGCCAGAAGGAGAGAAUCUCAUAAAGUGCAAGUUCUGCGGAAAAACUCAUAGACGCAAAAAGGAAGAGUGCCCCGCCUAUGGGAAGAUGUGCAAGAAAUGUGGGAAAGAAAACCACUUCGCCAUAUGCUGUAAGAAGGGAUCAAAGUACAAGAAGGAGAUCCAUAACGUAGAGUCUGAGGAUUCAGCAGAGAACCAGACAGAGUCGGAAACGGAAUCUGUGAACCACAUAGAGAUAGAGGUGUACGCUACAGGCACCAAACCAUCUAAAGGACUGUUUGCGGAGAUGUUGGUUGAGAACAGGCCAGCUAACUUCCAGAUUGACUCAGGUGCGAGUGUGAAUGUUAUUUCAAAGAGCCUUGUCCCGAGUGCAGAAGACAUAGUCAAAGAGAACAUCAUACUGAAGAUGUACAACCGUUCUCGUCUUCAAGCAGAAGGUCGGGCUAAGGUCGUGUUGCGUAACACUAAGAACAACAAGAAGUACAGAGUCAACUUCAUCGUUGUUAAGGAGAACUUAGUACCACUCCUGAGCGGUCCAGCUGCACAACAGAUGAAAUUCAUAACUGUACAUUAUGAGAACUUCAACCAGGUCUGUGCUGUAAGCCCUGAAAACAUCUUAGAGAGUUUCAGUGACAUCUUUGACGAGCAAACUCCUGGAAAACUACCUGGCAAGGUCAAGUUGGUGACCAGGGAAGAAGUGACCCCAACACAGUGUAACGCCAAACCAGUACCAGUUGCAAUGAAGCAGAGAGUCAAGGAUGGACUUGCUAAAUUGGUUGACCAAGACAUCUUGAUAAAGGUUGAGGAACCAACCCCAUGGUGUAGCAGACUGGUCGUUAUUGAGAAGAAAGACAAGAAUGAAUUGAGGUUUUGCAUUGACCCAAGACCCCUCAACAAAGCCUUGCAAAGGGAAAUACACAGAUUGCCAGUCAUGGAAGACAUUCUCCCGGAGCUGUCAAAGGCUAAGAUCUUUUCCAAGUUUGAUUUGAGAUCAGGCUACCUCCACUGUGAGCUUGAUGAUGAGAGUAGCUUCCUUACAACAAUGAACACCCCGUUCGGGAGAUAUAGAUGGAAAAGACUACCCUUUGGUCUGAAUGCGUCAGCGGAAAUAUUCCAAAAGAAGCUACAACAGGCUUUGGAUGGCCUUGAUGGAAUUGAGUGUGUUGCUGACGACAUUAUCCUGUUUGGUGUUGGAGACAACAGAGAGCAAGCAGAGAAGGACCAUGAUCGUAAGCUAGAAGCUCUGCUCCAGAGAUGCAGAGAUAAAGGUAUCAAACUCAACCAGAAGAAAUCUGUGCUGAAGGCUACAAGCAUUCCAUUUCUAGGACACAUAGUGACAGACAAGGGACUGAAGGUAGAUCCUGAAAAGGUCAAAGCAAUUCUAGAGAUGCCCAACCCUUCUGACCCUAUGGAAGUGCAACGCCUACAAGGCAGCGUCAACUACCUCGCAAGGUUUCUACCUAUGCUGUCCGAUAUGUUUGAGCCGUUGAGACGACUAACACAUAAGGAUGCCGAUUGGGAAUGGACAUCGGAGCACGAGAGGGCAAUGUCAAGAGUGAAGGAAUCUUUGACCAGGGCACCUGUCCUAGCAUAUUACUCACCAGACCUACCACUGACCAUCCAGUGUGAUGCAAGCAAGUCAGGGCUCGGAGCAGUACUUCUCCAGAAGGGACAACCGUUGUCCUACGUUAGCAGAGCUCUAACAGCAACUGAACAGAGGUACGCCCAGAUCGAGAAAGAGGCACUUGCCAUAUGUUUCGCUCUCGAACGAUUCCACCAAUAUACCUUUGGACAAAGGGUCAUAGUCGAGAGUGACCAUAAACCUUUACAGGCGAUCGUCAAGAAACCUCUCCAUAAGGCACCAAGACGCCUUCAAGGAAUGUUAAUGAGGAUGUUGCACUACGACAUCGACAUCACCUGGGUAAAGGGACAGGACAUGCAUCUGGCUGACAUGCUGUCAAGAGCUUACCUACCCACCACUGUAGGAGCCACUGAAUUUGGUGAGGUGAACAUCGUUGAAACCCUGAGUAUGGGAGAGGAGAGGGUUAAACAACUGCAAUCUCAUACUAACAAUGAUGAGGUUCUACAGACCGUCAAGAAGGUCAUCCACAAAGGUUGGCCGGAACAGAAAGCAGAAGUACCCGAAGCGGCUAAGUCAUACUUCAAUAUCCGAGACGAGCUAAGCGUGCAAGAUGGACUAGUAUUCAGGGGAGAAAGAGUAGUCAUCCCCAUAACCCUCUGCAAGGAAAUGAAGGAAACUCUUCACACUUCUCAUCUUGGAAUUGAAGGGACCCUUAGAAGGGCCAGAGAAAUCAUCUAUUGGCCUGGGAUGAACGCGGAUGUCAAGCAGUUUAUCCAGACAUGUGAAGCCUGCAGAAUGUACGAGCUGCAGAACCAGAAGGAAACCCUCAUGCCACACGACAUCCCAGACAGGCCAUGGGAGAAAGUAGGUACCGACCUGUUCGAACUUAACAAGAAACACUACCUCGUUACCGUCGACUACCUUUCCAACUUCUGGGAAAUCGACAGACUGUAUGACCUUGGCAGUCGGGCAGUAAUUGGGAAACUGAAGAGCCACUUCGCUCGAUAUGGCAUCCCGAGCACUGUAAUCAGUGACAAUGGACCACAGUACUCAUCCGAAGAUUUCGCGAAGUUCUCUAAAAGAUGGCAGUUUGAUCACGUCACAAUCUCCCCAAGACACAGCCAGGCAAAUGGGAAGGUAGAAGCUGCAGUGAAGGCUGCAAAGAGACUCCUCAAGAAAACAUCACAGUCUAAGGGUGACGCCUACCUAGCAAUGCUAGAACUCCGAAAUACCCCAAACCAAGGUGUUGACAGUAGCCCAGCGCAAAGGCUUCAUGGACGGAGGACGAGAACACUACUUCCCACUUCAUCCAGUCUCCUGAAACCAAGAGGUGCAGAGGUUCUCAGUGAAGACAGGAAAAAGCUUAAAAUGCUACAACGUAAGCAGUCGGAACGCUACAACUUACAUGCCAAAGAUCUGCCGACCUUAGUAGAAGGAGAUAUCGUACGUCUCAAGCCAUACAAAUCAGGAAGCACAGUUUGGCAAAGAGCAGUGGUAAAUAGACGGCUCGACGAGAGGUCCUACGAGGUGGAGACCGACUCUGGAUUACUCCUCAGAAGAAACAGGGUCGACCUCAAGAGAACUGAAGAACCCCCACCAAACACUGAGGAAGAUCAACAGAAAACAAUUUCUGAGAAGCCACAGCCACAACCACGUGCUCAUGGGACUGAAAGGAAAGAGGCGUAUCUACCAUCUAACACUGUCAUGACUAAACACCCUCAAAGUACUCAAAAUCACGUGAAAGAAAACAAACCUCAGAGAACACAAAAUACUCGAACAGAACAGGUAGACAAAAAUGACACUCAUUCUUUCCUAAAGACCAGAUCUGGUAGAGUAAGCAAGCCACCCCAAAGAUUUGGUGACUAUGUUGACAAGUAA